GCUGGGUUGGUAUCCGCCCCAACACCCAUAUCGACAGGCUCGAGGUCGGAGAGCUGCAACUCGUGAUCAUAUUCACUUGCGCCGGUGGGGGGGGGGACCAGGUGGCGUGCGCUCGCUGCAUGGUGCUCAUUCGGACAGGCUUGAUCCUCCCGCCAGCGCCGCCAGCCACCUGUAGGCUUUUGGGCCACUCGCUCACAGGCCGACGCGCGCCAUCCUUGCUCCUUGCAGCCAGUGUCCAUUGCGCGGCACAUCGUGCGGCCACGCCUCCCAUCCUGCUGCGACAUCUCAUGUGCGUUCUUCCACCGGAACAUCAGUGCCGACGCCGCCGUCAUCAGCAUCAGCACCUAGCUUCCACCCGUACAUACACCGAAAACGGCCAAGAUGGACUACAUACCUCCAUGCGACCUCACCGGAGACCUUUCCUUCGCCGCCCCCGCCAAGAUCAGGGUCCUGCUGACGCCCGCGGUCGUGCCUUCGUCAGCAGGGGGCCCCAGCAGCUCGGCAUAUUCGCAGCGCGAUUUUGAGAAGUGGGCCGAUCAUGUGCGGAGCUUUGCCAGCAUCAAGCUCUCCGACUUACCCAGGAGCACUGCAGGGAGAGCAGGGCCCCCGCAAGACUCGCCUCUCUAUCGCAAGGGCGAGAUCCACCUUUCCUUUGUCACCUCGUACGAUCCUGCGCACGCCUUCUUGGCGCCGUUCAACCUGCACAGACAGGUCCUUGGCGUCAUUGGGAUCGCGACCGUCCCACGUGCUGCCAGCGGCAACCAUGCUUCUGCUGUAUCACCGGGGGGAGCGGGCGCUGGUGCUAGCACUUGCAAUGGCCACGCCAGCAGCAGCAGCACGGCUGACUACGGCAAGCUCCACCACACCCCGCACGCGCUUCGAAAUCAGCAUCCAGGCGCAGUCAUCCACCGCGUCUUUGCCUUUGACACGAGUGAUGCGGAGCAGGACGCAGAGGGCGAUGCGGACUUGGGCUCUGGCGAGGCGCUGCAAGGGAACGACGAGGACGAGGACAAUCUAGGCGAGCUGUCCAAAUGCGGCGACACAGAUGACGAUGGCUACGAUCCCGAGGACGAGGUAGAGAAGGCCAAUAUGAAGGCGCUGCAAGAGCAGGCCGCCGCCACCGGGUACGGCGCUGGCAGCGGCGGCUUUGGCUCGCAAGCGGCUGAGGGCCUCAUCGUCAUACCCGCUAUGCGCAAGGACCAAAAGGAUGUCAAGUUCUACCUGCGCCAACUCGUCACGGACUUUGUCUGCUCGCUGCUUGACGGCCUCGAUUCGGUCGUCGCCGGCCUCAAGGGCUCGCCACUCGAGACGCCGCGUGAGACGCUCGACGUCGGCCUCGAGGUGUCGGUUGCGAAUGGAUCUUCCAGCGCCGGUGGGACGUUGCCUGGCGCUAACAUGGACGGGGGGCGGUCGCAUACAUGGGAACUCGGCGCGGCGGCCAGUCGCGCUAGCUCGCUCUUCAGCUUCGGCAGCAGCUCUUCUGGCCCGUUGUCACUCGGUGGCGCGCACGCGAACGGCAUCGGCGGCGGGCAGCAGCCCGACGUCCUAUCGUCCUUUUCAUCUGGUAUGGCGGGCGCAAGUUCGUCCGCGAAGUCCAAGACGCUUAAGAAGGUUAUCGACUCUACACGCGGUAGCGCCGGCAGCAGCAGUAGCAACAACAGCAAGCGCGUUCAGUCCAUGGGCGGCUCUGGGCCGACAGGCGAGGGGCGGCACACAAAGGUCCUUGCGGACUACUGCCUGCUCGCCGGCGACCUGUGGAGUGCGAUUAGUUACUACGACCUUGCGAUGAAGUGGAUGGGAAAGGAGCGCUGCCUCGCCGGUGGCCAGGAUGCCGUCUGGUUCGCCAGCGCACUUGAGGGCUGGGCCGUUACGAAGGCGCUCAUGGCGCGAUUGGGAAAGAGCGUGUCUGAGAGGGCUCCGCCAAGCGCGCUCACCAGCACCAAAGACAAGGAGAAGAAGGAAAAGGAAAAGGAGAAGGAUGGGACGGCAGAGCUGCCGUACGAGGACCUCCCCUGGGAGUCGAUCGCCGAAGCGUACACCGUCGCAAUCCAGAUCUACGCCAAAUGCCUCGCGCCGCUGAGCGUGCUGAUGGCCGAGCCAGCGCGGUCCGUCCACAACGAGACGCCACGCGACUUUACGCACCCGUACAUCCAUGCCAACGCGUGUGUCCAAUACGCGCGCUUCCUCCUCGCCGUCUGGUCCUGCCGCGGGUGGAACGGCGAGUGCUUCGACCAGCUGAUCUACGGCGGCGUCCCGCUCUCUCUGCGCGCACCGUUGCAAGGCGCCGACCGUGAUGACGCGCUACUGACGCCUGCAACGUUCACCAUCUGGUCGAACGACUCGGGCGUCCGGCGCAGCGAGAUCGCUGCCGCAGCGUCGCAGGCGCUUACGCUCUCCGUCGCCGCGCUCAAGCCGCGGGACCAGGUGGCGAUCCUGAGCAGCAUGACGAGCGUAUUUGGCUGCAUCGGCUUUGUGCGCCGCGAGACGUACCUCCUGCGGCAGUUGCAGAACUCGGUCCUCGCUUGGCUCGCCAGCGCGCUCCUCGCGCACGGCCGCCAGCGCCCGCAGGCCAAGGAGACGCUCCGCAUCCGCCUCGGCGAGGUUGCGCCGGGCAUGGCUGUCGUCUGGCACUCAUCGCCAGCCCAGCAGCACGCUCGGUCCGACUUUGACGCCAUCCUCAUGAUCGCCGUCCAGAUCUGCGAGACGUACGGCAUCAACGUCAACCGCGAGCCUGUCUCCGGCAUCCCGGACACGCACGUCCUUGCCAAGGCACGCAGAGCAAGGAUGCACACGUCCUACGGCAACCCGCUCCUCGCUGGCCGCGCCGCACCACGGCACGCUCGUGCCAAACGGCUGAGCGCUGUUGUUGGCGCUGAGGAGGAAGAGGGAGAGAGUAGACCGCAGAAAGCGUCUGUCCGGCCGGCGGACGCGCAGGGCGAAUUUGGAUGGAUCGAGCAACAAAUUAUGCUGCUGAAGGAUACCAUUGGCGUGGCCGAGACGCUUGAGGACCGGUUGUCGAUGGCAUUUUUUGGGGCACUGCUGCUCAGAGACUACUAUCAAUUCCUCGCCGCGGAGGAGCAGUGGCGUCUCGCGCAAGGCCUCCUGCGCAUCUGGAGCAACGAAAAACCGCCCCCGGGCAUAAGCGUCUCUUACUGGGGGCCGGCGGAGCCGAUCGCGCGGUUUGAAAUGCUCGCCCUGUCUCCGCCGCGCGCGGUCCAGGAGCAGAGUUACAAGGCGCUCAACCCUUCGGUCAAAGCGAAAGACGAAAGUGUCGCCGGACUAAGCAACCCUUUCUUCUGGAACCCGCUCAAAGGCAGCUUUAGUAGCAAGACGGCUACACUCGUGCAAGACGAGUUGGCAGAAUUCGCAGUUACGCUGUACAACCCGCUCGAGAUCGCGCUCGAAUUUUCUAGCGUGAAGCUGUCCACAUCCGGGUGUAAAUUUGAGGCCAUCGCGUCCGAGGUUGUCGUGCCGCCCACUUCGUUCCACACGCUUGUCCUGGCCGGCAAGCCGCUGGAGACCGGAAGCCUCACCGUGCGAGGCGUGUAUCUGCGCCUGAACGGAUGUAAGGAGCAAGAAUUCGUCAUGUGCCAGGUGGAUGACAACAAUGAGAAGCGGUGGAUCGCAUGGCACGCCGAUCAAGACGAUCGGCGGACGCGCCUUAAGACCCUUGGACUCGAGGCGCGCAUGUCCAUCAACGUCCAACCGGAAGAGGAGCCAAAGAGCAAAAAGAGCAAGUACUCCCUCGAGCAUUUCAUACAGUGCCGUGUCAUCUUGAAUCAGCCCAUCCUCGAAAUUGAAUCGACUUCGCUCGUCGAUGGCCGCUUGCAGAUCUACGAAGGCGAAACAGCAGAACUCUGCGUCACUCUGCGCAACCCUUCCAAUCUCCCCGUCGAUUACGGCGUCUUCUCCUUCUCGGACACGCUAUCGGCGGCAGCGCAGGCCGCACUGGCGGAAGGUGGUCUGCAUCCCAGCACUGUGCACGCGCUUGAGUGGAGCCUGAUCAAGCAGCCAGUCCUUUCUCGCGAGGGAGUGCCGAAGGACUUCCUUAUCGCCGCUGGCGAGUCGGUGCCUUUCUUGAUCAAGGUUCUUGGAAAAUCCGGCUGCAGCGCGGCGACCAUUGAGCUCGACUAUGCGCAUAUCAAUGGACUGGGCCGCGGCCGCUCGGUCACGGACGAGAAGAAGAACUGGUUCACACGCAAACUGGCAUUGCAAUUUCCAGUGGAUGUGCUCAAGGUUGUGCAGCCGCAGUCGUUCCACAUCCGCCUAUUGCAGGUAAACGAUCUGACAGCACUGAUGGCGAGCAACGGCAUUUAUACCCCGAGCACUGCAGAGGAGACAUCCGCGCUGGGAGAUGCGCUUGUGCGCGCGGCGGACGAGGCGUCGGGACAGCAAGUCUGCCUUGUCAGCAUGGAUGUGCGCAACGUACAUACUCACGAGCUCGAGCUCGAAUUGCGUUUCAGUACAGACGAGCACGGUAAGCAUGUCGCCUUGAAGCGAGUCGUCAACGCCGGCUCGAGCGUGCGCCUCGCGAUCCCCGUGGAUCAGAUUCACCUGACUGAAGAGAAAGAAAGCGCGCCCAUCCCAACGCGUUCGUCACGGCAGUUCACAGUCGCCCGCGAGAAGCUGUCAGAGGAGGAGACGAGGCGCGCGCUCGUCAAGUUUUGGCACAAGGAGUACAUCUACGAGCGCCUGCAGUGCUUUUGGACGGAUAUGAGGACCGGUCAGAGCGGCGAGCUGGCCAUUCGAGGGCAGGAGCUCACCGACGUGCAACUCGAGACGCUCCGAAGGCCGGCGCUGUCGCUCGUGUUGCAGGUCGCACAAUCGUCUUCGGGGCGCGCAGGACAGUGCAGGGCGGACGUGAAGGAUGUUGAGGUGGAGCAGUUUGUCAACGUGUCGGCAAAGGUGACCAAUCGAAGUGGUCGACCUUUGAAACUGCUCUACCGGCUGACGCCGCUCGAGAGCGCGUCACUGGAUCCGAACGGCGCGGCGCUUGCGCCGGAUGCGCAACCGCUCGACGGGCUCGUGCACCCGACCGACCCAGUGCUGAGCCAGGUGCUGCUGGCGUCCGGCACGCUCGCCGCAGCGGUGCAGCCGUGGCCGCUUCCGGACGGCGCGACGGCGACGAUCGACAAGAGCAUAUGCUUUCUUGCGCAAGGCAUGUACGCCUUCGUCGCUGCUGUCGAGGAGGCGCCACGGUUUGGGCAGCCAGUGCCGCCACAGCAGCAGGGGUCGAGCGAAGCGGCGGCGUCGCUCAAAACAUCCGAGCGCCUCGCGUGCAUCAGCCAGAACCGGCUCGAAGUGCGUGCCGUUCGGUCGUGCCCUCCGUGACGGCUCAAGGGACGCGUAGGCAAAGGCAGGGGGGAUAAUGAGAUGGGGCGCAGUGCGAUACGGACGCUGCGUUUUGGCGAAGUGCCGGUGAGCGUAGCAACAAUAGUAGUAUACAAGCGUGUAAACUCCAUGCAGAGCAUAUGGGACAGCUA